AGGGCGCCCCGCGCACGCGCACGGCUUCCGGCUCGGGAGGCGGGCCCUGGCUGCCAUCUUGCUGCGCGCGGGAAGCGCAGCCGCCGCUGGGCAGAAAGCAGAGCCUAGCGAAAGCGUGUACUGCUCAGACCGCCUUCCUUCUCCAUUGCCACCAGUGCCAAGCAGCUAGGCUGCCCAACUGCAACUCUAGGCCAAUGAACUAAUCCAUCGCCCGCAGCCUGACUCUCAGCAGCGGUUCGUCCCGGUGCCCAGCCCUGCGAAACGGAGCGCCAAGGCACCCAGCCUCCCCGCUGGCCACGAUGCCGAACGUGCAACUGCCGCCCAAGGAGAGUAACCUCUUCAAACGCAUCUUGAAAUGUUAUGAACAGAAGCAGUACAAAAAUGGCCUCAAGUUUUGCAAGAUGAUUCUAUCGAACCCCAAAUUUGCUGAACAUGGAGAGACUUUGGCUAUGAAAGGAUUAACACUGAACUGUUUAGGAAAAAAGGAAGAAGCUUAUGAAUUUGUUCGUAAAGGACUUCGUAAUGAUGUCAAGAGUCAUGUCUGUUGGCAUGUAUAUGGACUCUUGCAGCGUUCUGAUAAGAAAUAUGAUGAAGCUAUAAAAUGUUACCGAAAUGCCCUCAAAUUAGAUAAAGAUAACCUGCAAAUUUUGAGGGAUCUCUCACUGUUGCAGAUCCAAAUGAGAGACCUUGAAGGUUACCGAGAGACAAGGUACCAGCUUCUUCAGUUACGCCCAACACAGCGUGCUUCCUGGAUUGGAUAUGCUAUUGCAUACCAUUUGCUGAAAGAUUAUGAUAUGGCCCUUAAACUGUUGGAAGAAUUUAGACAAACUCAGCAAGUUCCUCCAAACAAAAUGGAUUAUGAAUAUAGUGAACUGAUAUUAUACCAGAAUCAAGUGAUGAGAGAGGCAGAUCUGUUUCAGGAAUCUUUGGAACAUUUAGAAACAUAUGAGAAACAAAUAUGUGAUAAACUUUUGGUGGAAGAAAUUAAAGGGGAAAUACUGUUGAAAUUGGGAAGAUUAAAAGAAGCCAGUGAAGUGUUCAAAAACUUGAUUGAUCGGAAUGCAGAAAAUUGGUGUUAUUACGAAGGCUUGGAAAAAGCUCUACAAAUUAGCACUUUAGAAGAGAGGCUUCAAAUUUAUGAAGAAAUUAGUACGCAGCACCCCAGAGCAAUUACACCCAGAAGAUUACCUUUGACUCUUGUCCCAGGUGAAAGAUUUAGAGAACUAAUGGAUAAGUUCCUGAGGGUUAACUUCAGUAAAGGCUGCCCACCCUUGUUUACUACUUUGAAAUCUUUGUAUUACAAUACAGAAAAGGUUUCUAUAAUCCAGGAACUUGUUACUAAUUAUGAAGCCUCUCUUAAAACAUGUGACUUUUUUAGCCCACAUGAGAAUGGGGAGAAGGAACCCCCAACAACACUACUUUGGGUUCAGUAUUUCCUGGCACAGCACUUUGAUAAACUUGGACAGUAUUCUUUGGCUUUGGAUUAUAUUAAUGCUGCAAUUGCUAGUACUCCAACUUUAAUAGAAUUAUUCUAUGUGAAAGCAAAAAUUUACAAGCAUAUAGGUAAUCUCAAAGAAGCUGCAAAGUGGAUGGAUGAAGCACAGUCUUUGGACACAGCUGAUAGAUUUAUCAAUUCCAAAUGUGCAAAAUACAUGCUUCGAGCAAAUAUGAUCAAAGAAGCAGAGGAAAUGUGCUCCAAGUUCACAAGGGAAGGAACAUCUGCCAUGGAAAAUCUAAAUGAAAUGCAGUGCAUGUGGUUUCAGACAGAAUGCAUUUCAGCUUAUCAGCGUCUGGGGAAAUAUGGGGAUGCCUUGAAAAAAUGUCAUGAAGUAGAAAGGCAUUUUUUUGAGAUAACCGAUGACCAAUUCGACUUCCAUACAUACUGCAUGAGAAAGAUGACUCUUCGUGCCUAUGUUGACCUUUUGAGAUUAGAAGAUAUACUCAGAAGACAUGCCUUUUAUUUCAAGGCUGCUAGAUCAGCAAUUGAAAUAUACUUGAAAUUAUAUGAUAAUCCCUUAACCAAUGAAAGCAAACAACAAGAAAUGAACUCAGAAAACCUGUCAGCCAAAGAACUGAAGAAAAUGCUUAGCAAGCAGAGAAGAGCUCAGAAAAAGGCUAAACUAGAAGAAGAAAGAAAGCAUGCGGAAAGAGAACGUCAACAGAAAAAUCAAAAGAAAAAAAGAGAUGAAGAAGAAGAAGAAGCCAGUGGUCUUAAGGAAGAACUUAUACCUGAAAAAUUAGAAAGGGUAGAAAAUCCAUUAGAGGAAGCCGUUAAGUUCCUUAUACCUCUUAAGAAUCUUGUUGCUGAUAACAUUGACACUCAUCUGUUAGCAUUUGAAAUAUAUUUUAGAAAAGGAAAGUUUCUGUUAAUGCUGCAGUCUGUCAAACGAGCUUUUGCCAUCAACAGCAAUAACCCAUGGUUACAUGAAUGUUUAAUUCGAUUUUCUAAAUCUGUGUCUAAUCAUAGUAAUCUUCCAGACAUUGUGAGCAAAGUUCUGUCUCAAGAAAUGCAGAAAAUAUUUGUCAACAAGGAUUUGGAAAGUUUUAAUGAGGAUUUUCUGAAACGUAACGCCACCUCUCUUCAGCAUCUACUUUCAGGUGCUAAAAUGAUGUAUUUUCUGGACAAGUCAAGGCAGGAGAAAGCAAUUUCUCUAGCCACUAGACUGGAUGAAACUAUAAAUGAUAAAAAUGUAAAGACAUUAAUAAAGGUUUCUGAAGCACUGCUUGAUGGCAGCUUUGGGAACUGUAGUUCCCAAUAUGAAGAAUAUAGGAUGGCCUGUCAUAACCUGCUUCCUUUUACAUCUGCCUUCUUACCUGCUGUGAAUGAAAUCGACAGUCCUCGUGUGGCACUGAACCAUACAGCUAACUAUGAUGUCUUGGCAAAUGAAAUUUGAAAUCUCCUAGAAAGUAGACUCUUAUAGGCUCAAAGAUGAAAUGAGAUCAGGGUUUUUUUUUCCAGGGUGCAUUUUAAUAUAUGUAUGAAAUGAAAUACUUGGUUAGGAUUUUUCAAUGGCAUAUUCUGUAAGCUUAUUUUAUUCUUUACCUUACCUGCCAAUUUACAUAACCGUCUUAAAAUUACCUGUUUAUUCUUACACAGUUUUGUGGUAGCUGCUGUUGCUUCUAUAUAAUUAUGAUAAUUUCUUACUAAGUUUUAUACAGCCCCACUAUAUUGUUUUCUUUAGAUUCUGAUUUCAGGAUCUGUGCUUUGAUUCCUUAUCUUAUUGGUUUGUUCUAUUGUUUAUUUGCUUGCUUUUUAAUUAAAGCACAUCCGUUUUAAAGUGUUAACUAUAUGUUAAAAACAAUAUGGAGGCCGGGUGCAGUGACUCAUGCCUGUCAUCCCAGUACUUUA